UGAGCUGAUCCCAGAUCUUCUCACUUCAGAGAUAUGAAGAGGAAGAGUUCCGCGUGGAUUUCUGUGAGUUGUCUUAUCAGUUGAUGAUCUGACCGAUACCGUCUUUUUCGUACGCGCGCGCCGCGCACGCACUUCUACAGCGCGCGCUCUCCCAUCCACCUGUUUCGAUCUCAUUAGCGCACUUGAUGCGCUCGCGGAUAGUGUCUGACAGUAUCUAAAACUGUCCUCGAGGGUGCGAACAUCGAUGUCGAGAUUUCAGAUGAAUGUGCAUCACAUUUGUGUAAAAGCGUUAGGAAUGUGACUGGCGGAGAAGGUGGGCUGGAAAAGGGAUCUGCUGACAAACUCUCUGGACUGUUCGUGGGAUAAAGAUUCAGUCUUGUGGGAGACACACUGGAGUGAAGUUAUUUUCGAACCAAGAGGGAUUAAAUUCAUCCAACGCAAAACCCGAAGAUUUGCGCAUCGAAAAGCGCAGUGCGCGCAUUUUACGCAUGGAUUAAAGUGACGGGUUUCACAUUUUUUUUGCGGUGUUAUUCAGUGCGCAUGUGUUAUUUUGCUUUAUUUGAAACUUUGCUUUGUAACAGUCUAGUGAAUGAUGUAUAAACUCGAAUUCUCAGAAAGUGGAAUAAAUGCAUCCUUAAAGAAAUACGGAAAUAUAAGCAAACCUACAGAGAAAUAUUGAUGUGAAUGAACAUGGCGAACACUCUGGAGAGGGAGAUUUUGGAGCGGGAGCUCCGUCCACGCUUGUGUUACGUGACCAAAGGAGACGGCGGGUACGGGUUUCAUCUUCACGGGGAGCGCAGCCGUGGAGCGCAGUGCAUCCGCAAGAUCGAGCCGGGCUCACCCGCCGACCUCUCCGGGCUCAGGUCUGGGGAUCGGGUGGUAGAGGUGAACGGAGAGAACGUGGAGGGAGAGACCCAUCACCAGGUUGUCCAGCGGAUCUUGCAGGUGGACCACCGCACCAGGUUGCUGGUAGUGGACCGGGUCACUGAUGAGUUCCUUAAGUUUCACGGUCUCCCGUGUACGGAGGAGAGGGCGAUAGAGAUGGGGUCUCUCUCCUUGCGCUCGUCCGCCGCAUCCUCCCCCCGCGCAUCACCCCAGGCCUGCGCCACACCACCGUACAGCAGACAGAGCUCAGAGAGCAUUUUAAUAAACAAGAGUCCCGGUACUGCUGGAGUGUUGAACGGUUCUCCGCUGUACAGAGCUCAAGCUCGCCUGACGUCUCCAGUGUUCCAGUGCUUCCCUUCUCCUUCUGAACCCAAGACUGAAACAAUAUCUGAACCCAAUACUGAAUCCUUUGAAUCCAGUAUUGAACUCCACAAUGAAUCCUACAGUGAACACAACAUUACAGACAGGGCUGAAACCAUCACUGACCUCAGCACUGACCACAGCCAAUCAAAAACCAGCACACAGGACCAGAUUCCAUCAGAACGGGAUGUUGUAACCAAGGACCUGCGUCCGCGCUUGUAUCACAUGACCAUGGACAAGCAGGGCUACGGCUUCAACCUGCACUGCAAAAAAUCUCGCGCGGGGCAGUACAUCCGCUCCGUGGACCCUGACUCCCCGGCAGAGCGUGUGGGAUUGAGAGCGAAAGAUCAUCUUAUCGAGGUGAACGGCAGAAGUGUAGAGGGUCUGCGUCACGCUGAGGUGGUGGCAUUGAUCAAAGCGGGUGGCAAAGAGACCCGCCUGUUGGUGGUCGACCCGGAGACAGAUGAGCUCUUUAAAAAACUGGACAUCACCCCUACAUCUACUCAUCUUAAAGAAGACUGUGUGGACGGACCAGAGAUGAAGCGUCCAAUCACAGUGCACUCUGCUUCACCCGUCACUGACGUGUCUAAGAUCUCUCCGCCAAUCAUAAACAUCACACUGACAGAUCUACCAAUCACAAAUGUCUCUCCACGGCACAAGAGUUACGGAAGCUCCUCUUCUCAUUCUACGGUAUCUGAAAUAAGCACCGAACUGACCGAUUCCGACUCCAGCAAAAAGGUCACAGAUUCUGAGCAUCACUCAAGGGACGAGAUCCAUAACGUAAACCGAGAUGGCAAAUCUGAGCAACGUCCCUCAGACCCGUUCUGGGAGAACGGUUUACAUCUAAGCCUGACCGCAGCGGAGGCCAAGAAAAAACUCCGGGACAAACGUGGCAAUAAGAGAGCGCCCCCUAUGGACUGGAGCAAGAAACAGGAAGUCUUCAGCAACUUCUAAAGAAUGCACACAUCAAGAAUAUCAUCUCAGUUGUGUUCAGAUGUAUCCAAUGCAGAGACGGGAUCGAAGAAAUAAAUCUUUGACAAAAAUACACUUACGUCCUCCAUCAUGGAUUUUAAGGAGCGUUUUCCUUUAUGGGAACCUAACCGGAACAAGACCUUCAUAUACACUUAGACAAACUAAAAAUCUUUUUGCGGAAGAACUCUCCAAUUCCAAAAAAGUCACAGCAGUCAAUAGAAAAGGCAAAGGAGAUAUCUUCAAUAUAUUGUUUAGAUGUACCAGAUUCUACAGAGGACAGCAGAAGAAAUGAAAGACAGAUUAGAAAUGUCGUCCGAACGGUUUGUGUUGCAAGUACAGAACUGAUAGAAGUGUUUCUGCUCUAAGAAGGUGAAAUGGACAUGUACAGUAAGGUGUGUCAGAUAAGAAUGUAUCUGCUUGAUAAACAAUAAGACGAAACAGUAGAGAAGAUUACUGAGUGAGGUUGCAGAUGUUUUCCAAUCUGUGCUUUUAAUAUUUGUAAUAAUUAUUAAAACACUAUUCUAGUAUGUAUAAAAUUUAAAUACAAUGUUUUGUGUGUCAGUUUAAUGAAGACCAGUGUUUAAAGGGAUAGUUCACCCAAAAAUGAAAAUUCUGUCAUAAUUUACUCACCUUCAAGUUUUUCCUAAUAAAUUGUGUAAAUGUCUUUGUUCUGAUGAACACAGAGAAAGAUAUUUGGAAGAAUGCUUAUAACCACACAGAUAUUGAUUCCCAUAGUAGGAAAAUUACUUUAUAGUAUUUUGUUGUGUUGAACACAAAAGAAGACAUUUUGAAGAAUGUAGGACAGCAAACUGUGACUACCGUAGUUAUUUUUCCUAUUAUGGGAGUCAAUGGGGGUCGAGAUUUGUCUGCUUGUGAACUUUCCUCCAAAUAUCUUUCUCUGUGUUCAUCAGAACAAGAAAUUGAUAUUCAGACGUGCUCAAAUUUGUUGGUACCCUAACAGCUCAUUGAAAUUAUGCUUCAUUCCUCCUGAAGUGUGAUGAAAUUAAAAGCUAGUGUAUCGUGUAUACUUGAAUGCCUUUGGUAUGUCAUAAAAUAAAGCAAAGAAGCUGUGAGAAGAGAUGAAUUAUUGCUUUUUGUUCUACAAUGGCCUGGAAACAAUUGUUGGUACCCCUUAAAGAAGAUAAUACAUCAUUCAUAUGUGACAUUUCAAACUGAUUUGUUUCUUUUAUUAGUAUCACACAUGUAUCCAAUCUUGUCAUCAGUCAUUCAGUCUAUUUAAAUGGAGAAAAGUAGUCACUGCGCUGUUUGGUGUCAUUGUGUGACCACACUGAACAUGGACCAGAGAAAACAAAGGGAGAGAGUUGUCUGAGGAGCUCAGAAAGAAAAUAAUAGACAAGCAUGAUAAAGGGAAUGGCUACAAGACCAACAAAAUAUUAGUUAAGGGGACCCAUCAUUUUUGUCCUCAACAUUUUCAUUUGUUAUAUUAUUUACAAUAUUAUGUUGGAUAAAAAAUCAAAAGCAACGUCUGAUUUCUAUUAAAUAUGGGAUAAACAAUGGAUCCCAAUUACUUCUGUCAGUUUCAAGUUAUUCCAGAGAAAAUUGUGUAUUCUAAAAAUUUUGUGCAGGGGUGCCAACAAAUUUGAGUAAGUCUGUAGAUUUGUAUGAGUAAAUGACAAAAUUUUCAUUUUUGGGUGAAGUAUUCAUUUAACCCUACUAUUUUAUCAGCGUAAGAUUCAUAGUUGAUUAUAAUGUUGUUGUUUGUUCUGUGUCGUUGGGUUUAUUUUAGUCCGAGCAUCGUGCACUUUCUCUCAAAAUGAUAUAUUUAUUUGGGAUAUAUAUUCUCAUAUGCUGGUUUCACACCAUGACAAUCCCUCUUCAUACCCAUACACAGAGUAUUUAUAGGCAUUACAGUUAUUUCAUUCUUGAUCAAUAUGACUUUGGCAGAGAGUCAUUUGAGGUAAAUCUCCUGAUGAACAUACGUAACUAUAAUAUAUUCAGGGAACUUUAGUUUCUAACCAUGUUUCUUGUCAAUGUAUAUAAAUUGUCUGUUUUACAUUGAAAGGAGUCUUCCUAACCCACUUCUAAACACAAUAUGUUACUUUAUGUGUUUCAAAGAUGUUUU